AUAGGACAUAUUCUAAAUUACAAUUACAGUACACAAUUGUAUUUUUUUUCGUAGGGUUUUACGUUUUUAUAGGAAUUUUCGCAACUUAGUAAAAACAGCCGAUUUUCAUGAUAUUUUUUUUUUACUUCCAAUAUCAUUUAAGUAAAGGUUACAUUGAAUUUUGAAACAAUAUCAAGUAAUGCAGAAUAAUUAUAUAAAAAUAUACAAAAUUAUUGAUCUAAAGUUAUAGUUUUCCCUUAAUUUACAUUUUCUUAUGUACUGCUAUUAUAUUGCACACAACUGUACAUACUACUCAUAACAGGGCAAGUUUUUUUUUUUAUGUGGCUUACAGUUGAUUGCCAGUGUCAUGUCGAUUUAUUUAUGAAAACAAUAAUAGGGACCGUGCGCGUUGGAGGGUCUGCCAUCUUGUGGCCUGAAUCGGAACCAUAAACAUGCACAUGUACACGUCACGUGUUUUCUUGUGCAUAGUAGGUUCUGCCAUCUUGUGGGCUACAUCGGAACAAUAAACAUCACAUUUACGCCUCGCGCCAAAAAUCUGACGGCUCCUGUGCUGCCUCCUACAGUUCAUGCACGCUCCCUAUCGUAUAUCGGGGGCGCAAAUUUUUAUCAAACACAAGGUUGCUAAUCCAAAUGAGAAUGUAGGAACGAUAAUAAAUUUAGAUGUAAAGAAAAAUCAAAACAAACAAACAGGGCAAGUUAAAUAAAAGCUUGUAAUGAUGUGACACCUCAUUGGAAGGUUUUAACUAUGAUUUAAUAUGAAAACUUCAAAUGUGUCAGUUAACACAAAAGAAAUAUAUGUCAAUCAACUUCGUUCCACAACUGUCAUCAUUGUUUAUUUACCAAAAUAAAAUAUUUACUACAAUUUUAAUUGUGAACUUACCAAAAUAAAAUAGUAACAGCUUUAAAACUAUUCUUUUAAUAGUAAAAUGACACAAUCCCCAAAAAAAUACGUGUCUACAUACACAAGCUCGACAACGAAUCGAGGUGUAGAAGCUAAGGAGGUAGAGAUAGGCAACAUACAACUGGAUACUUCGUCUCAGUACCAAGAGAGUACGGAUGUCGAGAUACGCUCGCCAGCGUCAGCGGACACCGGUUCAUACCUACAAGUCGUAGUUCAAAAGCAUAAGAAAAAAGAGCCAACAACCGCCGCGACCCAGACAUCCCCUCGACUACCCGUCGCGUCCAGCCCCAUCAAAACCAUCAGGAAUGGUUCCGGGGACCAUCCUUUAUACGUCCUACCUCAUCAUAUGUUAGUUUAUAAUACCCAAAACCAUGAGAAACAUGAGAAAAAGAAGUUAUCAACCAUUAAAGAGCCUAGUCGUUCAUUUUGGUCGAAAUUUAUAGAAAAUACUAACGAAACUUCACCUGAUAAAGUAGAUUUAUAUUACUUUGAAAAAACUACAGGAGAUUAUUUAGCGACAUCAGGAAUGUAUACUUAUACUGAAAGACUUGCUUUUCAAAUGUCUAGAAUACCUAAUAGAAUCUUAGCGGAAAUAUUUUCUAUACCUCAAAUUAUUGCGAAUAUACCAGUGGCUAUAUUGUUAAAUUUGGAGCGAUUUAUUUUUAUUACGCUUAGAAAUAUUAUAGUAGGAAGCGUUCAGAUAUUGUCGGAUAGUUUUUUAAAGCCAGUUUUGGCGUUAGUAUUUAAUUCUAUAAUACAACCGCCUUUAGUUUUCGCUGGUAAUGUGGGGAGAAGUGUAAGGGAUGCUUUAAAACCAUUGGCAGAAAUGUUUGGUGAUUUUUUAGAGCCGGCAGUGAAAAUAUUAAGUUCUAUAAGAUUAGUGAAUAUUGAGAAGAAAUGUUCGCAUAAUGUGUAGAUUUUACAUAAAGCCCGCGUUAUGGUAAGCAGUCUCCGUAGACUAUGUAAUUAUAUGCGCAA